AUGUAUAAAUAUGGUAUUGAAUGUCUAUUUCGAUAUUAUACAUAUGGUAUAGAAAAACAUUUUCAUCAACAUGUAUUUGAAGAUUUUCAACAAGAAACUCUUUGUGAUCAUGAAGCUGAAAAAUUCUGGGCAUUUCUAAAAUAUUCUCGACAAAAACCAAAAAUCAAUCGAAAACUUGAAGAAAUUUUAAAAAACUAUAAAAAUCUUGAAGAUUUUCGUGCUGAUGGUGCAUCAUUUCCACAACAAUUUUUUUCAACAAAAUCAAAUUAUAACAGUUCCAACAUUCGAAGCAAUUGCUGCUGCAGUAGUAAAGAACAGUGA